GCUGUUCUGUUGGCCCAGGACAUCCGGGACCGAGAGCGUGGAGGCCGGGCUCAGAUUGGUGUGAUUGAGGGAGGGCAGGAAGAAGCCUCUGCUGACCUGAUGAAGAUCAUGAAAUCUGUUUUGGGUCAGAGGACUGUUAACCUGAAAGAGGCAAUCCCUGAUGACAAACCAGACCAACACCAGAACUCUAUCGUCAAACUCUACCAUGUGUCUGAUGUCAGUGGUCAGCUGUUGGUACAGGAAGUGGCUGCCAGUCCACUGACCCAGGAUUUGCUUUGUUCCUCGGAUUGCUAUUUUUUAGAUCAUGGUGGCAACUCAAUAAUGGUCUGGAAGGGAAAAGGAGCAUCAGAUGAAGAGCGACGCGCGGCACUGAGUCGAGCGGUUGGCUUUAUAAAAGCAAAGAACUACCCGUCCAACACCAAAGUGGAAGUUAUGAGUGAAGGAGGAGAGUCUGCCAUGUUUAAACAUCUCUUCAAGUCCUGGAAAGAAAAAGGUCAAACCCAAGGCCUAGGAAAGAUCCACACAGUAGGAAAAAUAGCUAAAGUGGAUCAGGUGAAGUUUGACGUAAUGGAGCUUCACGCCCAGCCAAAGCUGGCUGCUCAGGAGCGGAUGGUCGAUGAUGCUUCAGGACACGUUCAGAUUUGGCGGAUUGAGAAUCUUGAACUGAAGGAGGUGGACCGAAGCACUUAUGGACAGUUCUAUGGUGGAGACUGUUAUCUAGUGCUGUACACUUACAACAAAGCCAACAAACCUCAGUACAUCCUCUACAUGUGGCAGGGUCGCCAUGCCACACAGGAUGAGGUGACGGCAUGCGCUUAUCAAGCGGUGAAUUUGGAUAACAAAUACAAUGGAGCCCCAACACAGGUCAGAGUGGUCAUGGGAAAAGAGCCCAGACACUUCCUGGCCAUCUUUAAGGCCAGACUCAUCAUAUUUGAGGGUGGGACAGGCAGAGCGGGUGUUGUGAACCCUGACCCUGGUGCCCGGCUCUUUCAGGUCAGAGGAACACACGAGAUGAACACCAAGGCAACAGAGGUGCCCGCCCGAGCUUCCUCUCUCAACACCAAUGAUGUCUUUCUGCUCAAAACUCCUCAGACUGUGUACCUGUGGUAUGGAAAAGGCUGCAGUGGAGAUGAGAGGGAGAUGGGGAAAGCAGUAGCUGACUUGCUUUCUGGGCAGGAUAAGCAGAAUGUGAUGGAAGGACAGGAACCAGCUGCUUUCUGGGUGGCUUUGGGAGGGAAAGCUCCAUAUGCCAGCGACAAGAGAUUGGAGAAAGAAGUGUCACCUCACAAUCCUCGUCUGUUUGAAUGCUCCAAUCAGACGGGCCGAUUCGUCAUGACAGAAGUGUUUGACUUCUCUCAGGACGAUCUGGAUGAGGAUGAUGUCAUGCUAUUAGACACCUGGGAGGAGAUUUGCCUUUGGAUUGGCAACUCAGCCAACCAGUACGAGAUUCAGGAGUCCUAUAGCAGUGCAGUGGACUAUCUUAAAACCCACCCAGCAGGACGGGACCCUGGAACACCGAUCUCCACCGUUAAACAAGGCUAUGAGCCUCCGACCUUCACCGGCUGGUUUAAUGCUUGGGAUGCCCACAAGUGGAGCGGAGGCCUUUCAUAUGAGGAGAUGAAAAGCAAGCUGGGUGAUAUUUCUCAAAUCACUGUGAAUCUCAACAACACAGACCUUAAUAAGAAGACAGGAGGAGGUGUGGGGAACUACAGCGCUCCGGGAGGACCGGGAAAUAUAAGGUCCCAUAACCAGCGGAUGUCCUCUUCCAUCACCAGUGCACAUGCAGACCAGUCUCCCAUCAGGACAAAGCCUUUUGGGAUACACAAUUCUGAGCUAGCUCAAACACCUAACGUUAACCAGCUGCGUCAAGGACAGGACCCUGGAAAACGAGAGGAAUUUUUGACUGACGCAGAAUUUGAGAAUCUUCUCGGCUGCAGCCGUAAUAAUUUCCAGCGACUGCCUAAAUGGCGUCAGAACGACCUUAAAAAGAAAGCAGGACUGUUUUGAGUCGGUUUUUACUAUAAUGAGAUAAGUUGCGUCUGAAAUUACUCACUAUACACCAUGUACUUAUGCAAUAUGUAUUCAUCAAUGUAGUGUAUGAAUUUUAUACGGUUAUUUUAUCGCACGAGGAGUGCAGUUAUUUUAGUCCAUCAUUCAGGUAUUUAAAGCGCACUUUUUCUUUUUAAAAUUUUCAUUGUGAAUACACUGUUCGCACUAUUUAUACUUUAAAAUGGCAGAGUAUUGCAUAAGCACACAAAUUGGGAUGAAAUUAUAAAUUCUGAUCUUCAGACAAGAUUAAUGUGCUUCUUGGGAUUUUGGGCUAGACGACUGUAACCUACGCUCUGUCAUAGAUUUAUUUAUUCAUCAAAGAAAUGUUUUGACACAUUUAAAGGUAUGACCUAAUAGAAAUAGUCUUGAUACACCACCAAAAUGAUGGAUCUAAAUGCUUUUUAGUACUAAUAAAAACAAGACUGUAUGGCAAGAAACGUUUUUGAGAUUCAGUUUUUAAUGAAUGUAAUGGUUUCUCACAGCAUUUUAGAGUAAGUAAAGCCAUUUCUUUCCUGUUGGGAGGACGUCAGAACAGGACAUGAGAAACAGAUGUUGUUAUGGCUUAAUAUUACUGAUGUAACAACUUUCCUAUAAGGCACAUUAGUUCGAAAACAACAUAAAAAUAGAAAUGUUUCUAGAGCAGAUAACAAAAGCAACAAUACCUUACACCAACAACGACGAAUACAAAAUAAACACCUUAAAAAUAUAAAAGACACCUAGAUAAAUGUAUAACUUUUCCAUUCUUUUACGUUAUACACACGUGUAGUGCAACUCUCUGACAAGAUAACUAGACAAACACCUGCUGACAUUAAACAUUAGCUGAACAUAUUUAUCAGAAAAUAAUGGAUAGCAUGUAUUGGUAAUAUGUGGUAAAUGCUUAGCUUGUAUCCUGAGUUCACGUAAAGAACAUGUUGUAUUAAAACUGAACAUUAGCCCUUGUAAGCCACUUUAAAAAAAUAUUGACCACACAGUAAUAAACAAAAUUAUUAGAGUUUAACACAUUUCACACAACACUGAACACAUGGCUGCUAUUGUUAAGAUUAAAUCUCCUCUUUACGGGUACGUUUACAAGACAACCAUGAACUAAAAAUAGAAAACGUUUUUGCUU